CGCCCCGCCGACAGCCUGGUUGUUGCCUACCUUGCCACUCCAGUAUAUGAUCUUGUCCAUUUGGCAAUUUUGAAUCAACAACUCAGAAGAGAGCAAAAAAUCACGGCCAGGAACACGAUACCGUUUCCCAUCAUUGUUGCCAUGGAGAGUGCCCAGUCGACUGAAUGGAGAAGCCGUAAACGACCAUACUCAUCAUCGGGGCUAGACAGUGACGACGCGCUAGAUCAGAAUGACCAGGGUUUACCUUUGGUUCGACGACGGGUGCUUUCCGGGUCAGACUCGGAUAGCUCUGGAGAAAAGGACCGUGUUUAUGACAACGACUGUGAGAUGCAGGAUGUGCCGGCUGAAGGGGAACCUUCAGUCCUGGCAACCUGCCUUGGCAUGCUAGUAUUAGAGCAACCGCACCUGCAUCGUCUAAGUACCGAGCAGAGGGAAUUUGGAGUGAGCUUCACGGGCUUCGGCAACACCUACACUAUUUAUUCAGAGGCCUCAGGCGAGUAUUGCGGUCUUCUCGACUCGGAGGCAGCUGAAUGUGUGCAGGUCCUCGAAAGAAUAUGUGGUCUUCAGUUUCAAGCAUCUAUGAAUCGACGUUCCAAGAAACUCAAAUUCUUGCUCUUCGGCGAUAUAGAGGAAGCUCAAGAUAUUGGGAAUACGCUGGCAUCUAGCAGCCUUUUCCUACAACACCCGAGCACGGAAGAUUACCAAGGGACGAGUUACUUCAAUCCUCAUUAUCUCACCAGACCAGGCCUCACUUUUCAGGAAGCUAUUGAGACCUUGAACCAACAAGUUCACCUCAGCAAGCAGCUGACAUUGACUGAGAAAUCUGAAAUUGCUACGGUUUUGGACCAAGCAGCUGGACCAACAAUCUUCUCCGAGGUGCAGGUCAGCAAUUGUAUCAAGACCGAGUUGAAACCCCACCAGAAGAAGGCAUUGGCUAUGAUGGUUGAAAAAGAGGCCGGGAAUCUGUCUAACCCACAGUUUCCCUCACUUUGGGCCGCGACCUGCAUGCUUGGCACUGAAGGUGUACCAAUAUACCAGGAUACGGUCACUACAAGUACGCUGCGGUCCGACCCCCCGGUAUGCCUUGGGGGAAUUCUGGCUGAUGAUAUGGGCCUUGGGAAGACUUUGACGACACUCGCUCUCAUUGCUGGGUCUAUUGCAAGUGACCCUGACCCUGAACGUUCACCACGACCAAAAGCCAACAAGGGCCAGCCCUCAGCACAACCAGGCACUUUGGUGGUUGCACCCCUUUCAACUUUGUCGAACUGGGAAGAGCAGAUAAAAAUGCAUCUUCGCCAUCGUAGUGUGACAUACCAAAUAUACCACGGCUCAUCGAGAUCAAAACACCACUCGAGCCUGCCAACUUACGACAUUAUUCUGACCACUUAUGAUACUCUGAAAGCCGAUAUCCGGUCCAACCGGUCUUCUGGUAUGGAGAAAAGCCCUCUUCAUGAUCUAGUAUGGAAAAGGAUCGUCCUCGAUGAGGCACACGUUAUCCGCAACCCAAACUCAAAGGUACACGAGGCUGUGUGUUAUCUUCGCGCGAAGCACCGCUGGUGUCUCACAGGUACCCCGAUACAAAACCGAGUAGAGGAUCUAUGUUCGCUCCUAGGAUUUCUCAGAGCUCACCCCUACGGAGAGCCUACCAAGUUUCGUACCGCAAUCACGGAUCUCAUGGAGAAUCGGGAUGUUGAAGGGUAUGAGAGACUCAGCCGUUUGUUUCAGGCGGUCUCCCUACGCAGGGUCAAAGACAUGGACUCCCUUGAUCUCCACUUGCCCAAACGACACGACGUCGUUCGCCUUGUUGAGCUCGAUGAGGAAGAGACCGCCCUCUACAACCUUGUCAAGAAAUCCUCAGCCACCACAUUCAAGGCAACUGGAACCGGUAGAGGCAUCUUGCAAGUCAUUCUUAGACUACGCCAAGUAUCCAACCACGGGGCGGACCUGUUCCCUUCCGAGAUCUUAAACCGGCUGAAGACUGCUGACAUCUCAGGUCUUCCCCCCUCUAUUUUCGAUACCAAGAGAUGUGAAGUUUGCGGGGACAUUGUUGGCCAGGGAAUGGAAACAUCGGAGCGCUUCUUAGGUUGUGGACAUCCAGUCUGUACUGCAUGUCUCCCUUUGAAUCGACAAGAUGAUGACGAUUGCGACCUAAUCUGUCCAAUUUGCAAUGACUCAGCAAUGGGCAAGGUCAAGUCCAAGCCAUCUGGAAGAGAACUAGCGAAGUCCUAUCGCCCUUCGUCAAAGGUUCGAGCCUUGCUUGUGCAACUCGACCUUGAUAAAGCAAAUAUCACUACAGGCAGUGAGGAUGUGCCCAAGAGCGUAGUGUUUUCAUGCUGGGCCAAGAUGCUGGACUUGGUCGAGUUAGCGUUGCAACAAAGGGGCAUUGCGUUUGUCAGAAUCGAUGGGACCAGGUCAGAGCAACAGCGAAGAAAGGCUCUUAAAGACUUCCGUGAUACUCCAUCUUGUACCGUGCUCCUAGCGACGUUGGGAAGUGCAGGUGUUGGGUUGAACCUCACUGCUGCUAGCCAGGUGCACAUUCUCGAGCCUCAAUGGAAUCCAAUGGUGGAGAGGCAAGCAGUAGACCGCAUUCACAGACUUGGGCAGGCUCGGGAAGUAACUUGCUUCUACUAUGUUGUGGAUACGAGGGGUUCUGUUGAGCAGUACGUUCGCCGUAUUCGCGAAUCCAAGAAUGUCCUUAUCAGCAUGUCCAUGGAUGGAACAGGCAGCCUGGUCGACGAAACUUCCCUUACACCUCUGAAGGAGUUUAUGCAGGAAGUUCUUACGGACAGCUGA